AUGAGCACGUUUAUUCCGAAAAAUGCCAUCAAGCACUUGAAUGAAUACCGCUACCAAAGCGAAGACAGGUCAAUCACGACCAAGUACAUCCUCAAGCCGUUCUGGCUCAAGUUUGUGAACGUAUUCCCGCUCUCGAUGGCCCCAAACAUGGUCACGCUGCUCGGGUUGUUGUUCAUCGUUGUCUCAGACGUGCUUGUCUUUUACUUCGACCCCUACUACGACACCGUCUCCCCGCAAUGGCUCUACUUCUAUCACGCCUUUGCGGUCUUCAUGUACCAGACCUUUGACGCCUGCGACGGGAUCCACGCACGUAGAACCGGGCAGAGCUCGCCGCUGGGAGAGCUCUUCGACCACUGCUGCGACUCGAUGAACACAACGCUGAUGGUGAUUCAGUUCUCCUCGGCCGCUAACCUCGGCACCGACACCCCGCUGCCCUUCCUUGUCCAGUUUUCCACCCUUGCGAACUUCUAUCUGUCCACGUGGGAGGAGUUUUACACACACAAGCUCUUCUUGUCAGAGAUCUCGGGUCCCGUGGAGGGCUUACUUCUGAUCUCCGGCGUCUUUGUCAUGACCGGAGUUUGGGGGGUCGACUUUGUCUGGAAGCGGGAGCUCUUCACCUUGUACCUCAGCGACUCGAUUGCACCAAUUGUCAUCACCCCAACCUACGUGUCGGGCGCCAUUGGCGGGUUCAUCAUGGCGUUCAACAUCUACUCUGCCCGAAGAAACGUCAUCAACUGCCUUAAGGAGACGAAAAGAGAGAAGGAGGUUUCGGACGCCCUUAAGGGCAUCUACCCCUUCUUCAUCUACUACCUCACCGUUGCCAUUCUGUUUGUCCUGCACCCAGCCAUGGUGACCAAAUACACGACCACCAUGCUGCUGACCAUUGGUUCCUGUAUGUCAUUCACAGUCGGUAAAAUCAUCACCGGACAUCUAACAAAGCAGGAGUUCCCCUACUCUAACUUUCCAAUGUAUGCGCCAGUUGUCCAGGCAGUCUUGAUGCAGCUGAUGGUCUCCGUUUUCGGCGCUGACUAUGAGGAGGCCUUGGCCAUGGUUGUCUACGGCGGCCUCGGCGCAAGUAUGGCCAUCUACGGUAUGUUUGUCUACGAAAUCAUUUAUGACAUCACCGACUACCUCGACAUCUGGGCCUUGACCAUCAAGCACCCAAAG